GUUUCUGAAAGAACAUCCUCCACGGAUUCAAAAAACCCUGAGUCUGAGAGAGACUGAGACCAAAGUAAAGAAGCACAGUUCAGUAAAUUUUGUGCACUUGGGUUGUUAUUCUUAGUUUGAGUUGUGCAAUAAUACUAGAAUGAUGCAACAACUAGAAGAAGAAGAAAGAAGAAAGAGGGAUUAUGCUGGAUUUACCAAAGCUUCUGGCCCAUCAGGACCUCCACAAUCACCAUUACUAUCACUACUUCCCAAUGUUUCCACUUCUGCCCCUCUCCUCCGAUCUUCAACUCCAAGACCCAGGGGACCAGGAGCUUUAAUAGGAGUGCAGCGGUCACCUCCUUUGGCUUUUGAGAGGGCUGGUCCUGCAGUCCGUCCUGCUUAUCAAAACUCUUCUGGAAUUCGUAGGGGACCUGAAGCUGCAGAGUCACGUCCAUUAGCUUUUGAAAGCACCCGUUUUGCUGCUAAUCCACCUCAUUCAUCCGCAGGAGUCCAUAGGUCGAUGGAGACUCCUCCUAGCUGGGGUGACAGGCAAAGAUCUCUUUCUAAAGAUUAUCAAGCCCAAAUCCAUCAAGGGUCUUCUGCUUCACUUCUUGCUUCACGUAAUUCAGGAACUAACAUUACAGCCAGGGUUGCCCGAUCUCAAAACCCAGAAAGAACCAAAUCACCUCCCUCAUUGUAUCCAAAUAGUGAUAUUGCUGGUUAUUCUAGUCAACCUGUCCGUGCAAGGCCUCCUUCAUUUUCCACUCCAUUGGAUAAUCGGCCUAGGUCACCAGUCAAUUAUGCUGAUUUGCUGGAUCAUCAAGAUCAACCAUCAGUUUCACCCUAUUUAGGUUCUGAUGCUUCUGCAAGAAGUUUUUCAACUGAUACUGGUGGUGUUCAAGUCCUGAAAAGAACCAGGUCCCCACCUUUACAAUCUGGGAGCGAAGUUCUACAGGAUAAUUUGCAUUUUGCUCAAAGUGGCUCUAAAAGGCCUUCAAUAUCUCCUCCUAUGUUGGGCACUAGGUCGAAUUUCGUUUCUACUUCAGAUUCUCAAAUUCAUCAGAGGUUUUCACCAUCUGCAAUCAAUCCUGUCACCGAAGUUGCAGCAACGAAGCUCACCAGCUCCCCAGCUCCCAAAAGAACGAGGUCACCGCCUUUGCUUUCUAGUGAUCGAGUCUUUCCUGAUUAUUCUGAUUCCACCCAAGAUGAUACUGAACGAGAAAUGCAGGCCAAGGCAAAGCGAUUAGCUCGUUUCAAAGUUGAAUUAAAUGCAAAUGUGCAAGGUGGUCCUGAUUUUGCUGAUCAAAAAGCAAAUAAACAUGAGCAGUCUAUGGUGGAGAGGCAAAAAUAUGUUGGGAACCACCCUCCAGAAUUGGCAGGAGAUUUCACCAAUGGCCAUGUUUCAUCUGAUUAUGAUGCCUCAGAAUCAUCUACCAUCAUAACGGGGUCAUGUCCAGAUAUGUGUCCUGAGUCAGAGAGGGCAGAACGUGAAAGAAAAGGGGAUCUAGAUCAAUUUGAACGCUUGGAUGGCGAUAGAAAUCAAACCAGUAAAUCCCUUGCUGUUAAGAAGUAUACUAGGACAGCUGAGAGGGAAGCAGGUUUGAUACGUCCCAUGCCAAUCCUGCAGAAGACGAUUGAUUAUCUGCUCAAUUUGCUAGAUCAGCCUUAUGAUGACAAGUUUCUUGGCGUAUAUAACUUCUUGUGGGAUAGGAUGAGGGCAAUCCGAAUGGACCUGAGAAUGCAGCACAUUUUCAAUCAAGGGGCUAUUGUUAUGCUGGAGCAGAUGAUAAGACUUCACAUAAUUGCAAUGCAUGAAUUAUGUGAACACCAAGGAGAGGGCUUUUCUGAAGGAUUCGAUGCACACCUUAAUAUUGAACAGAUGAAUAAAACAUCAGUUGAAUUAUUCCAGUUGUAUGAUGAUCACAGAAAGAGAGGAAUAAAUGUACCAACAGAAAAAGAGUUCCGGGGCUAUUAUGCACUUCUCAAACUGGACAAGCAUCCUGGCUAUAAAGUUGAACCUGCAGAGCUCUCGCUUGAUCUUGCAAAGAUGACUCCAGAGAUAAGACAGACUCCAGAAGUACUAUUUGCCCGUGAUGUUGCAAGAGCUUGCAGAACAGGUAACUUUAUUGCCUUCUUUCGGCUUGCGAGGAGAGCAAGUUACCUUCAAGCAUGCCUAAUUCAUGCUCACUUUGCAAAGUUACGUACCCAGGCACUUGCUUCUCUACAUUCAGGUUUACAGAAUAAUCAAGGUCUCCCUGUUACCCACGUUGCAAAGUGGCUUGCAAUGGAGGAUGAGGACAUAGAAAGUCUCUUACAGUAUCAUGGGUUCUCUAUAAAAGUAUUUGAAGAGCCAUAUAUGAUGAAGGAAGGCCCAUUUCUCAAUCUUGAUAAGGACUAUCCCACUAAGUGUUCUGAACUUGUUCAUAUAAAAAGGUCAAAAAUGGUAGUUGAGGAUGUUUCACCUUCAACUCAAGUUGUAUCCUCGCCUGCUAAAGCUACGGAAGAGAUUAAGUUUAGUAAGAUACAUAAGCAUGACAUGAUCUCCACCCCAUAUAUUGAAAAGGAAAGUUAUACCCAUAGAAUUGAUGAAGAAAUGUCUGAUCUUGACGCUAUUUUAUCCCCAAAAGACAGCCGACAACCUCAGCCAAUAGUCAUUAAACCAACAGUCAGUAAACAAGGUGAAAAUGACCGUCAGGCAGCUGAUGCCUCUAUUUCACCUUGGGGUUUCUUAUUAUCCCACAGUUCCCCCAGACCCGAGCUCACUAAAGUUGGGACUGUGGGGAAACCAAAUUCUGAUGCCCUUUUCAGAAGCUCUAAUGAGAGAAACAUGCAUUGUGACAUUGGGGGAAUGCCACUACAAAUGGUGUCAACAACAGUUCUGCAAGAGAGAGCUUCAGGUGGUAAAUAUGAUUAUGCAGUGGAAAAUUCUGGGUCUCCAAGUGUGGUUUUUAAUAACUUAGAAGAUGCAGAAGCAACAGAUAUUCAUACAGAUAUUCAUGAAGAAAAUGAAAUUUGCAAAGUUGUGACCGAUGAUUAUGAUGAAGAAACUGCUGAGGCGAAACUCAAAUUGAUCUUAAGGUUAUGGAAACGGCGUUCUAUUAAGCGAAGGGAGGUUCGUGAACAAAGGCAGUUAGCAGCAAAUGCUGCGUUAGACUUGUUAUCAUUGGGGCCACCUAUUCGACAAAGCAAAGAUCAACCGAGCAAUAUUGGAGAGUUUGACAUUGAUCAUGUUAUGUGGGAAAGAUAUAAAAGGCAUGUAGAAUCAUGGUCAAGACUUAAUGUUUCAGAUGUUAUAGCUGGUAUACUUAGCAGAAGAAAUCCAGACGCCAAAUGCCUGUGCUGGAAAGUUAUUGUAUGUUCUCUGAUAAACAACUCUGGAGGAGUUAAAUUGGAGCAGAGGAACCAAGUUGCUUGUUUGCCAGCAGGCUCAUGGUUGCUUUCAAAGCUCAUGCCUUUCAGCAAAGGUGAUGAUGAUGAUCUAGUAAUUUCAUCUCCUGGCCUGUCAAUAUGGAGAAAAUGGGCUAGCCAGUAUGAUGCUGAUCCGACCUGCUGUUUGUCUAUUGUUAAGGAUACAGAUUUUGAUAAUCUAGAUGAGACGGUGGCUGGUGCAAGUGCAGUUUUGUUCCUUGUAUCAGAUAACAUCCCAUGGAAUCAUCAAAAAGUCCAGCUCCAGAAACUUCUAAUGUCAAUACCUUCUGGUUCUUGCUUGCCCCUUCUGAUCUUAAGUGGCUCAUGCAAGGAAGAGACUCCUGAUUCAUUCUCUAUUAUGGUCAAUGAAUUGGGCCUUCAUGAGAUUGACAAGUCACAGAUUAGUAGCUUUCAGGUCUUUCCCCUUGUUGUAAACCAUGAGAUGGAACACUCAGACGGGUUUUUUAGUGAUGAGCAAUUAAGGGAGGGACUAAAGUGGCUGGCAAGCGAAUCACCCCUGCAACCUGUCCUUCAUAACAUGAAAACACGUGAAUUGGUUCUUCCUCACUUGAAUUCUUCAUUAGAGGUGCUUGAGAGGAUUAAUGAUUUUGAAGUAAGUCCGAAUAACUGUAUCUCUGCUUUCAAUAAAGCCUUGGAUUGGUCUUUGGAAGAAAUUGCUUCUGCUGCCAAAGCAAAUCCUGCCAACUGGCCUUGUCCUGAGAUUGCUUUGCUGGAGGAGUCUAGUGAUGAGCAUAGAGUGGUGAAGUGGUACUUGCCAACUAUAGGAUGGAAUUCACUGAAGAAAAUUGAACCGCUCAUGUGUGCACUAAGGGACUGUAAACUUCCAGCUUUUACUGAUGAUAUAUCCUGGUUGGCCAGAGGUUCCCAUAUGGGCAAAGAGAUUAAGAACCAGAGACUACAACUCGAAAAUUGCUUGGUCACGUACCUGACGUCAAGUAAGAUGAUGCGAUAUACUGAGGCAAUGAAAGAGGCAUCCCUAAUGCUACAAAAAAGUGCUCACCUUGAGCUCCAUAACUCAUGUUACUGUAUUGUUCCAAAGUGGGUUAUGAUUUUCCGCCGAAUUUUUAAUUGGCGGUUAAUGAAUUUAUCCAGUGGGUCCUUCUCUGUGGCAUAUGUUCUGGAGUGUCAUCAUGUAGCUCCUCCAAUUACAGGAGAUGUUGAUAUGUUAGGGCUUGAAGACAGUGUACCUUCUCAUUAUUUAAAUCAUCCAUCUCUAGAUGAAAUAAUUGAAGGUUGUUGUAGCCUCCCUCCUUUAUUGGGUGGGGAUGAGUCACAGCCAGAAGCUUUUCAGCCUCUUUCAAGGAUGGUCCCAAAUGGUGAAGUUCAUGAGGCUACUACUAACACAAAUGACUUAGUGGAGGAUGAAAGAGAUGUUGUACAGGAUGGUAAUUUGGACAUCACGUACGAGAUGUCUUACACGAAUGUAUUCGACAGUACUUUUACUGAAAUAGUGGUGGCUGGCAAAGCCACCCAGGAAGCUGAAAACUUAAGCAAGUUAUUGGAGCAGUGUAAUAUAGAGCAGAACAAGCUAGAUGAGACGCUGUCUAUCUAUUUUUGAUCUGCUAACUGUAGUGUUUUACUAUUUUUCAUAUUACAAGAAGAGAGGGAGAGAAUUUUCUAUACCUGUAAGUUAUUUGUACAAGUGAGGCAGUAACGAUAGCCUUGCAAUUUUGUUAUCCA